UUCUCAAAUUAUCAUUGUGCAACAGGUUAAAACUCUGUUUCGUUGGCAAAUUAAAAUGAAUCUACUACACGGUUUGUUUUUGGUGCUAUUUAUCGUUGAAUUUUCGGAACUUCAAGGAAAACAUGGCUUUUUCUCGCAAGCUCUUCUCAAGGGCGAAGUAAUCGAAAAUAUGUCACAGGCAAAGUUUGUAGCUGGAAUCUAUGCCCCCGCAAGAUAUUUGUAUCUAUUCAAAGACAAAUCAACUGAUGCUUAUAGAGCAAUGCUGUCCGAAUGUACCGCAUUUAUUCUGUCAAAAACGGAAAUUAUCACGAAUGCCCAUUGUGUGGCUGGCGCUCCAUAUAUUUAUGUGGUAGUUGGUACAAAAGUUGCAUUGGAAAAAAACCUAAUCAAAGUCGAAAAAGAGAACAUUGCAUGGCACCCUCAUUAUAGUCAUUUAAUUGUUGGUGCAUUUGAUAUUGCCAAACUUACACUGAAAACGCCGUUAGAAUUCAGCGAUACCGUUGGCAGUAUCAAACUCGUGGACAAGGAUUACAAAUUGAAUAACACAUCAGAAGCGGUCACUGUCUAUGGGUAUGGCGUGUUGAACAACAUCGGACCAAUGAUAUUGAGGCGUUGCGAUGCGAACUAUAUAUCUGAUGUCGAUCGUGUCAGCGCAUUUAACCCAGUUCAGACUUUGUACUUUACCACUGGCGAAGCUAGGAACGAUGGCGAAAUUAUUACACCUGGCGAUUCGGGUGGACCAGUCAUUUCAAAAACAAAUGGCAAAAUCGUGGGCAUAACUACGGGUAUAAAUGGAACAACAGGUGGCCGCGGAAUGUUCAUCCCAAUUGCAUCAUUCCUUGGUUUUAUCCAUGAUCCAAAGAGCGUGAAACCACUUCCACCUUCGCUUACACCCAACGAAGCUAAAUUCUUAGCCGAUAUAGUGGUACCGGGAA